AAGCAUAAAACUCCAUGGAAAAGGAUAAAUGAAGCUUGGAGGCAUACCAUUGUCAAUAUCUCUACUAACAAAGCCAAUUGCAGUGCUCACAAUCUCACUCCUUAUCACCCUCCUUUUCAUCUUUAGUUCCAACCCGAUCCCGGAUCAUAAUCCAAACCCAAAUCCGAAGAAAAUGGCGGCAGGUCGGAGCAGGAGUUUCAUUUUGUGGCUCCAUGGUUUAGGUGAUUCAGGACCUGCUAAUGAACCCAUCAAAAAUUUCUUCAGUUCCCCUGAGUUUCACUCCUCCAAAUGGUCCUUUCCUUCCGCCCCUUCAAACCCAGUUUCCUGCAAUUAUGGUGCUGUCAUGCCCUCAUGGUUUGAUAUUCCUGAGAUACCAGUGACGGCUCAUUCUCCAAAUGAUGAAACUUCUGUGUUGAAAGCGGUAAAACACGUCCACGCGAUGAUAGACAAAGAGAUUAACUCAGGCAUAAGUCCUGAUAACAUAUUUGUUUGUGGAUUUAGUCAAGGAGGUGCUUUGACCUUGGCUAGUGUACUCCUUUAUCCGAAAACUUUAGGUGGUGGUGCAGUUUUCAGUGGCUGGAUUCCAUUUAAUCAUUCCAUAAUUGAACAAUUUCCAGCAGAUGCAAAAAAGACACCAAUUUUGUGGUCGCAUGGUUUAUCUGACCCGACAGUCUUAUUCGAGGCGGGGCAAGCAGGGCCUCCUUUCCUUGAAAAGGCCGGUGUUACCUGCGAGUUUAAGGCUUAUCCAGGUCUAGGACACUCUAUUAGCACGGAAGAGUUAAAGAACCUUGAAUCAUGGAUCAAAUCCCGUUUAAGUAGUUCUUCUUAGCGCGUUCUUCACUCCCUCAUUCUUCUUUUCUGCUAGUUCUGAAGUCAUUUUAAUGACCAGUUUACAGUAGUACUUGACUUGAUGAUGUGAAUGUUCCAAUCUAAAAAGGGGUAUUGGUUGUUGCUGUAACUUUCUGAACUGCUCCAUUGUGGAAGCAAAUAAACCAAAGCAAUAUUCUAAUUACGGAAAGAAGUAUUCUUGCUACGUGUGCGACUGUCUGAUGUCUGUGAUCUGUAGCUGAUGCUAAGAGUGUUUGGAUGGUCCCAUAAACUCAAUUAUCAGCAUCUUUCUUUAUCACUUUUGCUUUGUUAUGUUACGCUUAAAUAAAGUUAUCUUAUGCUUAAAUUAAAGAUUGUCUUAAUCAUUUUAAGUUGA